AAUCAUGGCGCCUUAGCUAGAUCUUUGCUUGCGUCGUUUCGAAAGAGUUUUGAAUUCUACUGCACCGCAUUCCCACAGCCUUGCCUUGUAUCGGUAAAUUCCAAAAGACCCUGGAUUAUCUGGGGCAACCCCUCAAUGAUCCCUCACACCAUUGCAUCGGAUCUGUAGCCACUAACACCGUAGCAUCACGACAAUCGAUGUUUCCUCUGCUCGGAUUGAAAUUCGAUCGUUUUGUAAUGCGUUUUCGAGGAGCUCUGAGCGUGUAGGUUGCGCAUCACUUUAAAGAUCAUCGAGCGUAAGUAGCACUUGCUGUGUCGGGUCUUUAUCCAUGGCGGAUUCUAGUGCUUCCCCGUCUCUUUCUAGCUCCCCAGAGAAGAAUGACAUGACUCUUGAAGGUACCCUGCCUGAAGCUAUGGAUACGCAGUCCAAGCCAAAUACUGUAGACGCUCGUCUGCCAGAGGCAUUGAACACGGGACCAAAUGCAGUCGCUAUGGUUACAAGCUUACGAGACGCAGCGGCUAUGGGAGCAAAGGAAAUGAGUGUCGAUGAAAGUCAUCACAGUGAAGCUUUGGGGCCAUUGCAAGAGCCCGCUCCAACUGAGCUUCCGGUGACAAAAGGACUAAAUGAGUCAAGGAAUGAGUUGCUACAGCGUGUGCAAGCUCUGAAGAAGGAUCUAGAGAACUGGCGGGGGAAGUUGGAUACUCAAGUCAAGUCGUACAGGGAGGAACUUGGAGAUCUACGCAGCGCUCUCAACUCCGAGGUUGAACAACUCCGAGUUGAAUUUCAAGACUUGAGAAACACUUUGAAACAGCAACGAGAGCUUACGGCCACCAAAUUAGCAAAGCUGGAUGAACCUGCAGACGCAAUGAUGAAUUCAAAACAGCCACUUUCAACAACUGAAGAAACUAAUUAGUGUUUCUUACAUCGCUAAUUUCUCACGCAUAGUAUAAUAUAGUAAGGAUACCCUAUUUGGUCAUAUUCAGAUGCUUUGUUUAAGCUUGGCACAGUGCGGAUCUAGAAAUGGGAAAUUCGCGCUUGCAUCCCCUCCUACGAUGAUCUCAAAACUGGGCAUGUCUUAGGAUCACCGGUUGAAUAGAAUAUUGUCACACUCGUAUUCGAGUAUUGCGUGCUAAGAUAUUCAAAAAUUGAACAAUGA